AUGUCUACAACACAAAUUAAUGACAAAGAUGUUGCCUGCUUGAUUGUAAAUUUUUUAGAAAAUGUUAUAAGUAAGAAGGAAAUAUCUCAAGAUAAUAUCGAUUCAUUAAAUGUUGCAAUUGAUUGUAUCCAACAAUGCUAUAAUCUUAACGAAGCUUACAUUUCAUCUAGUUUAAUUUUAAAAUUCUCGAAAAGUGAUUUAACAUCAAUACUUAAUAAUUUUGCAAAAAAUAACUAUAAAAAUAUCACCUCUACAAAAGAAACCACACCUUUGACGUUAGAGCCUAGCUCUUUGAAUGAAUCUGUAAAAAAAAACCAGUCUAAUAUUUCAAACGAUAAUAAUGAAAAAAUUUCAAUAAACCUUAAUGAUACCAGCAAGAAUAAUUUUUCUGAUAAAGAUAAGCAAAUUGCAGAUACUUUUAAAGAUGAAGGUAACAGAUUAAUGUUCAGUGAAGAUUAUAAAAAGGCAAUUGAGUGUUAUACAAACGCAAUUUCAAAAUAUCCAUGUGAUCCAAUAUAUUAUUCAAACAGAUCUGUUGCUUAUUUAAAAGUGAAUGAUUAUGAAAGUGCAAUUAAUGAUGCAAAUUUUUGUAUUUCCAUUGAUGCAAAUUUUUCUAAAGCUUAUAUUAGAUUAGCCAAUAUUAAAGUACAACAACAUCAGUAUAUUGACGCUUUAGACUAUUACAAGAAAUUUAUUGAGUUAAAUAAAGAUUCUGUACCUGAAAAAAUCACAAGAGAGUUUGAAGAUUUGAAAUUAAAAGUACAAACGGACAUUUCUUUAAGAGAAAUAUCUAACGAUCACUCUAACAAUAAUUAUAAUGAAAAUAGUUAUAACUCAACUAAAAACUCGCCAGAUAUUGGCUCAAUAUUGGGUGAUGGCUUUGCUGCUCUAUUGAGCAAUCCAAUGCUACAACAAAUGAUAUUUAAAAUUAUUCAAAAUAAUCCUGAUGCUGCAAAAAAUAUUGGUUACGUAUUAGCAAAUCCAGCAAUGAAAAACUUACUCCAGAACUUUAAAAAUGGUAGUGCAUUCGACAAAAAGUUAUUUAUGGAUUUACUUGACAGCUUGCUAAACCCUAAUAGUAAUACUAAUACCAAUCCAAAUAAUAAUAGUAACACAACUUGA